AUGGUCUUGCGACAGUGUACCAUUUGUGGACGCAAAUUCACCAAAACAGAACACUUCAAACGCCAUGAACGUUCACAUACAAGGGAACGACCAUAUUCAUGUAGCGUCUGUCAAAAGACGUUUUCUCGAAGCGAUGUCCUCUUUCGACAUAUGAAAUGUCACAACCAGAGAGACGACAAAGCCACCGCGGCAGAUCAAGCGGCACGGAGAAACACAAUCUCAGAAGGAGUCGUCCCCAAGUCUCAAAAAUCCCCUUCCGACGAUGCCUCUCCCUCAACAAUGCUCAAUUCCAUGCAGACUGGCAUUCCUCUAAUGCAGAUCCUGUCUCCCAGCAAUUAUACCUCCUCCACCAAUGAACAAUCCAAUCCAAGCAGGGCUUCCGCCGAUAUGUCCUCGUCAUAUCUUGACUCGGCAAAUCCUCAACUCAACCCCCUCCAGAUGCAGCUCAAUAGCGCGCACUGGAACGUACCUUCACCACUGGCUACCACCACCAAACCAGAACUCGGUUCUCACAUGUCCACCACCAACCUGAACCAGGUCUCCGGUCAAUCAUCAUCCCUCGGGAAUCCACUUUCUUCUCCUACCAACACCCUUCAGACCCAAAGGCCAGAGCUCGCCUCAACCCAAUUUCUCGAGAGUUCAAACGACUGGUUGCCCAAUGUCGACUCCUCCAACCAAACCGAUUUCCACGAUCCUUUCCAGAUGUGGCUAUUUCCCUCUUUAGGUGAUCUCGAUCAGUCCCCGGAUUUUCUUCCACCCUACGGCUUGACAGACCAACAAGGCUUUCCCUCGGUCAAAGACAUGCAUGCCAACGGUAUCGAUACUGCGCACAGAAGUAGAAAUAUUGCCAAAGUCCCUCGCGAACGGUUCUCCAGAGUGCAGAAAUGUUGGAACCCUCGACCCGGUCGUGUACACCGCAUCAUGUCAGUCCUGUGGAAAGAGCUGGCCGACUCCCCUUUGGACAACCUAUUCUCUGAGUCACCCAAUGCCGUAGACGACUUCAAAACCUCGACCAAUUGGGGCCUCGACGUCGACUGCCGCCUUCGCCUUCGCGACCAAUUUCGCACUCCUGCGCCUUCAGUCUGGCAUUCUCCCCGCCUCCAGCCCUCAACUGAGGACAUCCCUCCACUCGAAGACAACGAGUUCCCUCCCGCAGAGAUUUUAGACAUUGCUCUCGGCCUCUUUUUCCGACGAUUCCAUCCCACCGUCCCCUUUAUCCAUUUCGCAACCUUUUCCGUUCGCAAUACUCCCUCGCCCAUGCUCUUUGCAAUGUGCCUGAUUGGUUUAAGCAUCCUCGGCACCACAGGCGCCACCAGAUUUGUCGCCAAAAUGUUUCCCCCUUUUCUGAAGCGCGUCUCGAGCGAGCUCGCCGCUUCCAUAUCAGCCUCGGGGCCUGCCACCCCCCAGAUGGGCGUGUUGGCCACAGCCUUACUCACCCUCAAUCUCUCGGUUCUGACAGGAGACAAGGAUUCAUUACAUCAAUCCCAAAUACUUUAUGCGACAUUAAUGUCUUUGGCGCAGCAAAAUUCACUCUUUGUUGCAACUGAAGGCCCUUCUCUGGAUGCCUUGGUGGCCGAAAUGUCUGAGUCCGAUGAUCGCUGGAAGGCUUGGAGUCGCAUUGAAUCUGCGAAGAGACUCAUCCUCGGUCUCUUACUUGUCGAUUCAUGGUACUCGAAUCUGUUAUCCAAGCCUCCCAUCGUCAGAUCCGAAUCGGUUUGUGUUAUUGCUCCAUGCGACGAAGCACUUUUCCAAGCAAAGUCAGCAACUCAAUGGCAAUCGCUCCUAAGAAGUGGAAAAAGUCCUACAGCACCCAUGUUUCGCAUCCAAGAUCUCUAUACGCCAGAGCUGGAAUAUUCACCGAAGCUAGGCUAUUUGGGCACAUGCUCACUCCUGGCGCUUCUUCAGAUCCAAGUUCUCGAAGCCUACCAGCGUUUGAUGCCGCCCGACCCCUUGACCGUGGGUUCGUUUAUUCCGUGGCAUGUAUACGAAGGAGACAAGCGAGCGAGAUCACUCAUCCCGUCUUUGCUCGCAGGUAUGCGCACUGCCGGACCGCUGGCCAAGAUCGACGACACCAACUGCACAGUUCUUUGGCACAGCAUAUGUAUCAUGCUGCUUGCCGAUUUCCGAAUGUUCGAACUCGCUGCCGGACGUCACGGUGCAGGCCCAGCAACAGGAGCUCUUGAAAACAUCAGUCAAUGGUCUCAGACUCAGUCAGCGCGCCGAGCUUGUGUUCAUGCCGCCCAAACCUUCAAACUCAUGUCGGAACGUCGUGUUUCGGACAACGUCUCCAUUCACUCCGUCACCGCCCUCUUCUCAUCCGCUCUGGUUCUUGGCCUAUACCUCUUCAUGGUGUCCUCGACCUCCAUGUCUCACCACAGCUCAUGUCCUGUCGAGCUGGUUGAUGUCGAGCCUGAUUGGGCCACCCUUGGCGAUCUGGGCUUCAAGGACCACACCAAUUCUCUCGACCCGCAUCAGCAGACCCUUUCCACGGGAUCGGCUCACAACCUGGAUGACGACCAACUUUGCCCUAUCUAUCAUUUUGUCAAGUCUGGCCGUGGCACGGUUAGUCUUGGAGGUGCCAGCCAUCAGGGUGGUUACGAGAGUGCGAGAAGGGUUCUCCUCGACUUUGCCAAUCUCAUGGACGGUAUCUCCGGCCGUCGGUUGCGCAUGUUUACACAGGUCCUUCACAUUAUGAGCGAUGAUCUGAUGAAUGUCGAUGCUUCGAUGUGAUUGCUUGACGAAAACGACGACGA